AUGGCUGGGAUCGCAUACAAGAAUGAGAAGCCUUUGACCGACAACACUGAGCAUCGCAUUCGGCUCACAUUAACUUCGCAAGAUGUGAAGUCUCUCGAGAAAGUGUGCGCACAAUUGAUCGAAGGUGCCAAGAAUGAGAACCUUGUUGUGAAAGGUCCCAUUCGCCUUCCGACAAAAGUACUCCGUAUUACAACUCGCAAGACUCCCUGUGGAGAGGGUUCCAAAACUUGGGAUCGCUUCCAGAUGCGCAUUCACAAACGUCUUAUCAACCUCCAUACUCCUGCAGAUCUCCUGCGCAAGAUAACCUCGAUCUCCAUCGAGCCUGGAGUCAACGUUGAGGUUACUCAAGCUAACUGA